AUGGUUUCGAACCAAUUUGACCGCGCAGGGUCCAACCCGGGUCGCAAGGUUCGGGUCGUCGCCAAGAUCCGUGGGUUUUCGGGUUCAGAGGCCAAUUCAGAACCUAGCGCUUCGAGAGCUGUGGAAUGGAUUUCGGUGAACCGCGAAAAUUCGGAGGAUGUCGUCACAAUCUCCUUCGGAAAUCAAUCUUCUAGUCGCUAUUUGGUGGACUAUUUCUAUAAGGAACAUGAAGAUAAUGAAAUGAUAUUUUCAAGGGAGGUGAAGCCGCUUGUGUCAGCGGCUUUUGAAGGUCAUAACAGCACUGUUAUUGCUCAUGGUGCAAGAGGCAGUGGAAAGACCUGUGUAAUUCAGGGCUCUGCUGAGAGACCGGGAUUGGCAAUGCUUGCUAUAGCUGAGUUUCUUUCAAUGGCUGAGAAAAAUCGGAAAUCCAUUUCUGUUUCUUUCUAUGAGGUUGAUCAUCAGGAGCAUGCUGUUGAUUUAUUAAAUCCAGAACAACCACCAAUUUUGGUUUUUGAAGAUCGUGGCAGAAUUCAGUUUAAAGGACUUACUCAGAUUCCAGUGAAAUCCACCACUGACUUCCAGAAUUUGUACCUCGCUGCAAGUUCUGCACAGAAGGGAGCUCCCAAAAAAGGAGGCUGUGAACGUUUUCGUAGAAGCCACAUGGGAUUAAUUGUGCAUGUCUUCACCCAAAAUGAAAACGUAGAAUGUCUUCUGAGCAAAAUGAAUUUUGUUGAUUUGGCAGGUUAUGAAGAUGCUAGAAAGAAAAGUGGCGAUGGCUCUUACCUUGCUGAGAUUAACAAAAUUAACAAGUCAAUUUAUGCCUUACUGAAUGUUUGUCAUGCUCUGACUACAAAUGAAUGUCGUGUUCCCUACCGGGAAAGCAAACUUACACGCAUGCUACAGGAUUCCCUGAGGGGGACUAGCAAAAUUUUGUUGGUUUCUUGCUUGAACCCAUCAUUUUGCCAAGACAGUAUUUACAUGGUAAGCUUAGCAUCACGAUCAUGUCAAGUUCAUCGGAUAUCCUUUGAUUCCACAAAGAAAAUUGGAAGUUCAGCAAGGCAGAUGCUGAAUUCUCAUAAGAACCAGAUACCCAAAAGUGUUUCAGGAACAGCAAAGAAAUUACAUGGUUCUAAAUUACUUGAAAAAAAAUCUGGUGUUGCUAUGAAGUCUGCAAGGAAAGGAAGGAAAUUGUUUGAUGAAGCCAGCCAUUCUGCUGCUAAAGCUGAGAAGGACAAUUCAUUAUCAGAAGCAGGAAAUCAUGUUGAACUCAACUCCGAAGGGGAAAAGGAGAAUUCAUUUCCAGCUUCUAGUCAUGAUGUGAAACUCAAUCUGACGGUGGACAAUGAUGACUCAUCUCUGAAUGCUAGCACUGCAGUGGAACUCAAUUUUUCCCUAGUGGAAAAGGGUAUUUCUGUUGAUAGAGAAGAUCAUCAAGAGCAACAUACCCCUUUUGCCAGUAAUUACUCGGAAUCUGAAGCAUUGUCAAUAGCAGUUCAGGAAGACCAUAACAUGAACAAGGAGAACAACAGUUCAAGGGCAAAUGAAGAUGGUUCACCACCCAUUAGUUCUCAACUGCGUGAUCUUUCUAAUAGUCUUAAAUUGCUAUAUUCGUCAACUCCAUUGUGCGUACAGAUACCAGAAACGGAAUCCAUUUCACUGGAUAAUCAGAUGUCUGCUGAUAUUGUGGAACCAAAAACUCCUGUAAUUGAACAGAACAUGAGUGUCAAUAAUAAAUGGGAUGUAAUGAAUGCCCAAAGUCCAUGGGGAACAUUCAGCAUGCGUGGUUCUGAAAUGAAGAAUUCGCUCGUUCAAGAAUACCUUCGGGUUUUAAAUACAGCUGACAAGGAAGAAUUAAAAAAACUGAAGGGAAUUGGGGAGAAGAGAGCAACCUUCAUACUUGAGCUUCGUGAAGAAUCUCCAGAACCUUUCAAGAGUCUAGAUGAUUUAAAGGAUAUUGGACUUUCGGCAAAGCAGAUUAAAGGAAUGAUGAAGAAGGAAGUUGGAGAGCUUUUCAGUUAGCUCUCUAAGGGCAUUGCUGAAUUUAUAAAAGUGUCUAGAAUAUCUUGUAGGGACCGACCUUUGACUGUGUCUGUAUGGAUUUGUAUUGGCAAC